GCAUUUACCCUAUUAUCUUUAUCCUCUGUCAUGUUAGGGUUUGGAGAAUUGGCACUUCAUUUCCAGCAACCAUGAACACUUGCUCAAACUAAACUAAUUCACCUUCUCGAUACUUCCACCAAUAAUUAACUUCGCUUAAAUAAUUCAUCCAUUUCAAACAUCGAAGUUCCUACAAAAUAUUUUUCAGCAAUGGCUGCGAGACUCGCAAUUGUGAGGGGCACCGGAGGGAAAGGGAAAUUAGGAAGUGUUUUAGGGUUUAAUAGGUUGAUUCAAACGGUGCCCCAAUGUCCUCCUUUAUCUGGAAGCAUUGAUUUUGGGGUUCAAUCACCGCAACCCGUUUUGCCCGAUUUCAGUUCCCCGAGUUUCUCUUUUGGUGGCUCUAUGGAGCUCAUGGCUGUCCCAAAACGCAAGGUUUCUCCCCAUAAAAGAGGAAUAAGAAAUGGACCAAAAGCUCUGAAACCUAUCCCCGUGAUUGUCCUAUGCAAGGGUUGUGGUCGAGUUAGGCUUCCACACUUUUUCUGUUGUGGCGGGAAACCUAAUCAAGGUGAUACUGGUGAACAGAAAGGUAGUCCAAGCUAAUCAAGCUGUUUGCGUAACACCAGAUGUUGGUUGACGUUCAGAGCCACCCAUAAGUAGGUCCGUUUGGUAGUCAUGCUUUAUUUUCUUCUUGUUUCCUAAGCAAUGCCAUUAUUGGAUCCGAGAUUUUUUGCUUUAAAAGAUAAAUGGAGUGGUUGGUGGAUAAAAUUUGUGGAUUUUGAAAGAUGAUAUUCCACAUCCAUUUUAGAGUAAGCUGUUUUAGUGCUUUAGUAUUGAUCUAAAGACAUGUAUCUUUCACCUAUAAGCAAACAUCGUUCUUUUGAAAGAUAA